AUGUCCUACAAUAAUAGUUUUAAUAGUAGCGAUGGUUUCUUUGAUUUUGGGGAGAUUGAUAACCGUAGCCCAGUUCGCUUUUGGUUACUUCUCGUAUUCAAUACUCCAUCGAUUGUCUGUGCUUCUUGUGUCAUCAUUCAUAUAAUCAUUAAUCGAACUCAACGCCGCGCGCUGUACAAUCAUUGCAUUUUGCUCAUACUUAUCUUUAAUUUACCUAUCCAAUUGAUUGAUAUAAAUCUGCAAAUUAUAUAUUUUCAUUAUGGCUCUGUGAAGCCACCGCUACCUAGUGUAUGCCUCAUUUGGUGGUACAUUGAUUAUACCUGUUAUUUAGGAAGUAUGAUUCUGAUGGCGUGGCUCGCUGUCGAAAGACAUAUAUUAAUAUUUCAUGAUGGGUGGAUUUGCAAUCGACGACGAUGCUUUAUUCUUCAUUAUACUCCUAUGAUUAUUAUAGCCGCCUAUAUUUUGUUGUUCUAUCUUGCGCAGAUUUUCUUCCUACCUUGUCAAAAUACCUUUGAUUAUACGUUACCAAUUUGCGGCGAAUCUCCAUGCUUUGAAUCCUAUGCUUUUCCAAGUAAAUGGGAAUCUAUUGUUAAUGGUAUUUUACCAAUUACUCUUGAAACUUUUGCUAGUAUUUCAUUUCUUAUACGCGUUCAAUUACAAAAGCGACGCCUCGGUCGUUCACCUCAAUGGCGCAAAACUCGUCGAUUAACAAUGCAAUUAUCAUUAAUGUCAGCUUUGAACAUUGGUUUGAAUCUUCCAAGUUGUCUUAUUUCGUUUGCUCAUUUUUGCGGUCUACCAUCACAGUACGGUGCUCAAAUUCAAACGUAUUUUAGUUUUUUCGCCUAUUUUAUCACUUUUCUCUUUCCAUUUGUGUCUCUAUGUCAACUACCUGAACUACGUAAGGCAAUCAAAAAGAAAAUAUUCUUUUUAGCACCACAACAUCAACGUCAAAUAUCGCGCGUUGCACCUACACUGAUGAAGAGACAGAUGCCUACUGUUCAAUAA